GCGCCAUGCGUCGGGCGGUGCUGCUUUCAGGGCUUGCCGCCUUGUUCGUCGGCUCGAGCGCCGCCGCGGAAUCAUAUACACCAAAGCACGAGCUGGGCCGCUGUGCGUUUCGGGGCCAGUGUGGCAAGCAGAGUCUCUUCGGCAAGGAGCUGCCAUGCGUCGACAAUGGCCUCGCGCACGAUCCAGACGAUGACCUUCGAAAGGAGCUGGUUGAGCUCUGCGGCGCCGAAUGGAGCGAAGGAGCCGUUUGCUGCAACAUGGAGCAGGUACAAGCCUUGAAGAAGGAAAUGGGUACUCCGAAGACCCUCAUCGGGUCUUGCCCGGCCUGCAAGCACAACUUCUUCAACAUGUUUUGCAAGUUCACGUGCUCUCCCGAUCAAUCGACCUUUAUCAACGUCACCGAUGCCGCGUCGAAGAACGGAAAGCUGCUCGUCACGGAGCUCGACCAGUUGAUUUCUGAAGAGUACGGCUCGGGCCUCUACAACAGCUGCAAGGAGGUCAAGUUCGGAGGCGCCAACAGCAGGGCCAUGGACCUGAUUGGUGGUGGAGCCAAGAAUUACCACGACAUGCUCAAAUUCCUCGGCGACAAGAAGCCCUUUGUUGGCUCGCCCUUCCAGAUCAACUUUCCGGAAGAAUACGACCAGCCUGGGAUGCAACCGCUGGAGAUGAAGCCCAAGAAAUGCAACGACGAGGACCCGGCCUAUAGAUGCGUUUGCGUUGACUGUCCCGAGGUGUGCCCGACGUUGCCUGAUGUCAAGGAGGCUGGAUCCUGUAGGGUGGGAAAGCUGCCGUGCCUGUCAUUCGCGUCCAUAUUCACGUAUAGCGUUCUGCUCGUGGCCCUCCUAACCGCUGUUUUUGGCCACAUCUUCUGGUUCAGAUAUCUGAAGCGCCGCGUUGAAAGGACUCGCCUGCUUCACGAAGCAUCUCACAGUGACGAUGAAGACGAGGGAGGCCCUAUCCUUACUGACGCCAUGCGGGAUCAACCAACGAAGCGAUACUGGCUCAACGACAAGUGCGACAAGGCCUUUCGUCACUUGGGAAACACUGCCGCAAGGUUCCCCGCUCUAACCAUAGGCAUCAGCCUGGUGGUUGUUGCUGUACUGAGUGCCGGCUGGAUUCGGUUCGAUAUAGAGCAGGACCCUGCCCGACUCUGGGUCAGCCCGUCUUCGGCUGCCGCGCAAGAAAAGGAGUACUUUGACUCCAACUUUGGCCCAUUCUUCCGAGCCGAAAAGAUCUUCCUGGUCAACGAUACCGAUUCUUCUGAUUCUAGCCCCGUUCUUAGCUACGAGACCUUGAAAUGGUGGAAGGAUGUCGAGAAGAGCGUUGAGAGUCUCAAGGGCCCUACAUAUGCAAGCUCGCUCGACGACGUUUGCUUCAAGCCCACUGGAGAUGCCUGUGUCGUACAAUCUGUUACGCAAUACUGGUACUCAAAGGGAGGAGACAUCGACCCCAAGUACUGGAAGGAUGACCUGCGCAGCUGCGCAAAGUCUCCCGUGGACUGCCGACCUGCAUUUGGACAGCCUAUUGAACCUACCAUGAUCCUGGGCGGCUACGACGAUGACGUUGCCGACUCUCAAGCGAUGACUGUCACCUGGGUAGUCAACAAUGCCCCCGAAAAAUCCGAUGAGCUUCUUCGCGCCAUUGACUGGGAAAACGCACUACGCGAUCGACUCCUUGAGGUUCAGGAAGAAGCCAAGAGUCGCGGCCUCCGGCUGUCCUUUACCACCGAGAUUAGUCUGGAGCAGGAGCUCAACAAGUCGACAAACACGGAUGCCAAGAUCGUCGUUGUAAGCUACAUUGUCAUGUUCAUCUACGCGUGCUUGGCCCUCGGCACACCUCUGAAGCACCUGUUUGGAAACCCUGCGCUGCUGCUCGUCGAGUCGAAAGUCACCCUGGGCCUUGCCGGCAUCCUCAUUGUCCUCAUGUCCAUCUCGGCGUCGAUUGGUUUCUUUUCCUGGGUUGGACUCAAGGCGACUCUCAUCAUCGUCGAGGUGAUUCCUUUCAUCGUCUUGGCUGUGGGCGUGGACAACAUUUUCCUCAUUGUUCACGAACUCGAAAGAGUCAACGUCAACUUCCCGGAUCAGAUGGUGGAGGAGAGAGUGGCUCGGGCUCUGGGCCGCAUGGGACCCUCCAUCCUCUUCUCGGCUUUGACCGAGACCUUUGCGUUUGCUCUUGGAUCUGCUGUCGGCAUGCCUGCUGUCCGCAACUUUGCUGCGUACGCUGCUGGAGCGGUUCUUAUCAACGCGGUUCUUCAGAUGACCAUGUUUGUAUCCUUCCUGGCACUGAACCAAAUGCGAGUGGAGGACCACCGAUGCGAACUCUGGCCGUGGUGGCAGGUCAAGAAGGCAAGGAUCAGUCUCAACGGCAGCAAUGGCUUUGCCCCCGCAACCGGAAGAGUGUCCGAUGCCGACGAAGAAAGCUACCUGCAGAUUUUCAUCAGAAACACAUAUGCGCCUGGCCUUUUGCGAAGGCAGACCAAAGUCGCCGUCGUCGCCAUCUUCCUAGGCCUCCUAUCGGCCGCCAUCGCUUUGCUACCGGGCAUCCAGCUAGGGCUAGACCAGCGCGUCGCCAUUCCCGACGGCUCCUACUUGAUCCCGUAUUUCAAUGACCUCUACGACUAUCUCGAGACCGGGCCUCCAGUGUACUUUGUCACCCGUGGGGUCGAUGCGUCUCAACGCCCACAGCAGCAGGCACUCUGCUCGAGGUUCACCACGUGCCAGCCCUUCUCGCUGACCAACACGCUGGAGCUCGAGAGGCAGCGCUCUGACAUUUCGUACAUCAUGUCUCCGACGGCAAGCUGGAUCGACGACUUCUUCCUGUGGCUGAAUCCCAUCUAUGACCAGUGUUGCAUUGAGCAUGGCUCAACCUGCUUUGCCGACCGCCAGCCGGCCUGGAACACGUCGCUGUAUGGAAUGCCUGAGAAUGACGAGUUCGUCCACUACCUCAACAAGUUCCUCGCCGCAAAGACGGAUGACGUCUGCCCGCUGGGCGGCCAAGCCUCCUACGGAGACGCAGUCGUCUUGGACAAGGAAUCUGCCCACGUCAAGGCCAGCCACUUCAGGACCGCGCAUACUCGGCUUCGCAGCCAAGACGACUUUAUCAAGGCCUAUUCCUCUGCGCGCCGCAUAGCCUCUGAUAUAACAAAGGCAACCGGGGCGGAUGUUUUCCCCUACAGCGUGUUCUACAUCUUCUUUGACCAAUACCUGAGCAUCAUCCAACUGACGGCUGGCCUCUUGGGCGCUGCCGUCGGCGCCAUCUUCAUCAUUGCAUCGUUUCUCCUGGGCUCCGUUCGCACGUCAGCUAUUGUGACUCUGACGGUCGUGAUGAGCGUCAUUGACAUCAUGGGCGCGAUGGUGGUGUUCAACGUGUCCUUGAACGCCGUUUCCCUAGUGAAUCUCAUCAUCUGCGUUGGCAUCUCGGUUGAGUUUUGUGCGCACAUCGCCCGAGCCUUCAUGUUUCCCUCACGAACGGUCAUGGAGAACAGCUUCAACGUCAACGGGCGAGAUGCCCGUGCUUGGACAGCACUGGUUAACGUCGGCGGAUCCGUAUUUUCGGGCAUCACAGUUACCAAGCUGCUGGGUGUCAGCGUUCUUGCCUUUACGCGGUCCAAGAUUUUCGAGAUCUACUACUUCCGCGUGUGGCUGGCCCUCGUCGUCUUUGCUGCCCUCCAUGCCCUGGUAUUCCUGCCAGUUGCACUGAGCCUCGGCGGCGGCGAAGGCUACGUCGACCCCGAAAGCGAGGGCACGGCAGCACAGGACCUGACCGACAGACGAUGGCGAGCGAUUCGAAUCCACGACAACAGCGACUCUGACGAUGAUUACUAG